UUUUUUUUUGGUCCGUAGAAAAAGCAAGGACUCGGAGCAUCUUUAUUGCAAGUUGGUUUUCUUUUCUACUUUUUUGUUAAAAGGAAAAGCAAGUCAAGUCAAGAAGCCCUUGCAUAGCUUCCCCGCAACUUCCGCAUAAUGCUGCGAAUAUUACGCGUGCAAUAACUCCGCAUUCUUUAAGCAGUCGGCAAACAUCAUUGUUCAAGCACGCACAGUAGAGAGUGUUGUGUGUUGGUAAUCCAACGUCCAAGGCUGAGGAUCGGGAGAGAUCCCAGCAGUGGGUGGCUUGUGUUGUUUGAACACUCCUCAGAUCUGAGUUUCAGUCCUGCGAGACAUUUCUGCUAUUCCCAGAUCUGGGAAUCCAUAUAUCUCCCCUCUGUUUCCUUCUCCAUCAAUUUCUUUUACAAUCCUCUCAGAGAUGACAAGAAAAGAACCCACUCAUUCAGAAUAUCCAACCCACGAGCCCCCUUCCUCAUCGACCUCUCCACAUGUAGGUGAUUAUGAAGGCAAAACCAAAAGGCCGAAGGGAAAUGAUUACGAAGUGUUCUUGAGCUUUAGAGGGGAAGACACUCGCAAAGGCUUCACCGAUCAUCUCUAUCAUAACCUUGACCAUGCAGGAAUUCGCGUGUUCAGAGACGACAAUGAACUCCGUGUUGGUGAGGAGAUUAGUUCAGAGCUUCUCUGCAGUAUUACGAAUUCUAAGAUCUCGAUUCCGAUUAUUUCGGAGAACUACGCUUCAAGCAAAUGGUGCCUUCGCGAGCUGGCUGAGAUGUUAAAGUGCAAGAGAAGUAAAGGGCAGAUAGUGUUGCCCAUAUUUUACAAAGUGGAACCCUCACAGGUGCGAUAUCCUACUGGGAGAUCAAGAGAUGCUAUCAACGCACAUAAAAAGAAUACGGACGAAAUGAUUGUGAAGAAAUGGGAAGAAGCACUCAAAGAAGUUAGCUCCUUGAAAGGAUGGGUAUCGGAGAAAAUUGAUAACGGGCAUGAAGGAACAUUGGUUGAAAUUGUUGUCAAAAAAGUUAUGGGCGAGCUAAAAAGACUUUUUCAGCUAAAUGUCCCUGAACAGUUGGUGGGAAUUGAUGAUCAUGUGCAAGUGAUUAUGAGCAAGAUAGAUGUUGAAUUCAAGGGUACAAUGAUUAUUGGAAUUUAUGGAAUGGGCGGCAUCGGUAAGACAACUCUUGCAAAAGUGUUAUACAACAGACUCUCUAGUUAUUUUCGUUGUCGUAGCUUCGUGGCAAAUAUCCGAGAAACAUCUCGGCGUAAGGGUAUUGAAUGCAUACAAAAGCAGCUUAUUUCUGACAUAAUAAGAAUUUCGUAUGAUGUGUCUAAUAUCGAUGAAGGAGUCAGUGUCAUCAAAUCUAAUUUUACGAGUAAGAAAGUCCUAAUUCUUUUGGAUGAUAUGGAUGAUACUACUCACUCGAAUGCUUUGGUCGGGGAUGGUAGUUGGUUUGAAGCGGGAAGUAUAGUCAUCAUCACAACUAGAAACCAAAGCAUUCUCGAUGAAGGUUGGGCGGGCUACAUGUACCAACUCAACGAGUUGUCGUUGGAUCAAUCAUUGAUUUUAUUUAGUAGACAUGCAUUUCGAAAGGAUUCUCCUCCGAGUGAUUACGAGGAUAACUCUCGUGAUAUCGUAUCUACUACUGGGGGGCUUCCAUUAGCUAUUGAAGUUAUAGGUUCAUUCUUGUACGGAAAGAAACAAGGAGCAUGGGAAGAUACAUCAAAGAAAUUAAGGAAAGUGCCUAAUAAGAAAGUGCAAGAGACGUUGAAGAUAAGUUACGACGCAUUAGAUCUUGAGGACCAACAGAUAUUUUUGGAUAUUGCAUGUUUUUUUAUUGGAUCAUCUCAACAAGGUCCAACUUAUAUGUGGGAUGCUUGUGAUUUCUUCCCUGGGACGGGGAUCGAAGUAUUGAGUCUUAUGUCCCUAAUUAAAAUUGAUGAAGAAGGCAAGCUAAUGAUGCAUGAUCAACUGAGAGAUCUUGGAAGGGAAAUUAUUCGUCUAGAAAAUCCAAAUGAGCCUCAAGAGCGUAGCAGAUUGUGGAUUUAUAAGGAAGCCCUAGAUGUGCUUGACAACAACAAGGGCACUAGAAAGAUUGAGGCACUUUCUCUUGGCAAAUGUGGUAUAGGAAGAAGAUACACAGCUAAACAAUUUAAAGAAAUGACCAACUUGAGGUUCCUUAUAGCGGAUGGUGUGAAUUUCACCGGAGAUUUCCAAAGCUUACUUCCUAAAUUAAGAUGGCUUCAGUGGGUGGGUUGUCCCUCGGAUUUUGUUGCGACCAACUUUCAUCCAAAAAAAUUAGUUGUACUCGAUUUGUCAAACAGUGCAAUUUCGGAGGAUUGGGGAGGAUGGGUUCAACUCAAGAUGGCAACCAAGCUCAAAGUUCUCAACCUCAAGAAUUGUUUAUCUUUGAAAAGAACUCCCAACUUGUCCGUUUUCGAAAGCUUGGAGAUUUUGAUUCUUGCAGAUUGUCGAAAUUUGAAAAUGAUUCAUCCUUCUAUUGGGAACAUCAAAACCCUCAUUUCCUUAGAUGUCUCUUAUUGUAAAAGACUCAAGGAGCUACCGGCAGGAAUAGGUAGAAUGGUAAAAUUGAGGGAGCUUUGCAUAAAUGACACUGAUAUACAAGAGAUUCCUAUUUCGAGAGGUUGUUUGAUGGAGCUGGAGACUCUAUGUGUCGGAUGUUGUAAACGACUUUCUCAACUUCCUAAAUCUAUGGACUCCCUUGUCUCAUUAACUCUAUUGGACUUAUCUGAUUCAGUAAUUGAAGAAUUACCUGAAUCUAUUGGUUCCAUGAAGAAGCUCGAAACUUUGAAUGCCUCUAAAUGUAGACUGUUAGCUCGCAUACCCAACUCCAUAGGCAAUCUAGCAUCCCUACAAAGCUUGUUCUUACAUGCCUGCUCCUCAUUGACAGAGAUCCCUAACUCGAUUAGAAAAUUGGCAUCAUUGACCGAGCUAGACUUAAGAUGCACAUCGAUUACAAAAUUACCUGAAAGCAUUGGGAAUAUGCCAAAUUUGAGGAUCUUGGACAUAAGUGGAGCUGACAUAAAGGAAUUGCCCGAUGCCAUUGGGAAGUUGGCAAAACUCCAAAGGUUGGACGCCGUCCUAUGCAAAAAUCUAGAACGACUACCUAGUAAUAUAUGCGAAUUGGUUUCCCUGGAGGAGCUUUCUUUAGGAUGUUCUGGCAUUUCGGGCUUGCCAGAAAGCAUUUCUAAGCUCUCUUCUCUCCAAAAGCUCAGCGUUGGAAAUUGUGAAAAGCUCCAAAAAUUACCAGAACUGCCCUCUGACUUAACAACUCUAACGAUCACCUGCCAGAGUCCGUCGUUGCCCAAUCUUUCCCAGCUAUCCCGUCUCAAGACACUCACUCUUUGUAAUUGCCCUUGGCUUGAACAUGUCCCAGAACUUCCCAUUGGACUAUCGGUGCUUAGAAUUGAAAGUUGUGGAAAAUUGAAAGCGUUCACAAAUGUGUCAAACUUGAAGCACUUAUCAGAUUUGAGUCUCUACGAGUGCUUUGAUCUCACAGAAAUCACCAGCUUGGAAGGUUCACAUUGCCUAUCCAACUUACCCACAAGGCAAUGCCCUAAGAUAUCUGGGGUUGAUGGGAUUGAAGAUUCUUCGAAGUUGAUGAGCCCAAAGGCAUCUCAGCUCGAUGGAUUGCUAGAUCUUUCCAAUUCAAAGAUUCUACAGAGAAUAGACGCCGCAGCAAGUUGCGCGAAUUCAACUGAAAUUCAAAAUCUUGGUGGAUCAAAAUCCUCUCAAGUGUCGGAUAUCCUUAAGUGCACGUCCGCUGGACGAUUGCUAGACUUUUCCAGUUUUAAAUACAUGAGUAGGCUUUAUGUUUGGAGAUGCAAUAGUAUAACUGAACUUCAAGGCCUCGAUGGAUCAGAAUCCUUGACAUUUUUUAGUAUUGGCGAGUGCUCUUCCCUUAGAUCGGUGGACCUCUCGAACAUAAAGAAUCUGCAGUAUUUUAUAUCCAUACGUUGCGAAAAUUUAGUUGAAAUUCGAGGGCUCGAGGGAUUAGGACCCUCGCUAGUUUUCGAUAUUUAUGGAUGUCCGUCUCUUAGAGAAUCACCGGACCUGUUGCGUUUAAAGGCGUUGGCGACGGAGGAGCAGAUUAGACGGGAGUCCCGCUGGUGGUGA